UAUCCAUGGUGAACUCUGUGUUUCAGAGAUGACUGCAGAGCAGCAGUUCAGCUCAUAAACACACACACACACACACACACAGACGGAGGUGCUGAUCUUCAGUCCUGAAACCUCUGCCGAGAUGAAGCCUCUGGUCCCCGACCUGACCCGACCCGACGGACCCGACAGCAGGACGGAGAGCGCCGGAGAGCCGGAGGAACCAGACGCCUGGAGGGAGGCGGAGGAGAACGAUGCUGACGAUGAGGAGGAGGAGGAAGAUGAAGAAGAGGAUCGGCUGGUGCAAGCGUUCACACCGAACGUGAUGAUCCUGCAGUCGACGGGACGGGAACACACACAGAUCCCAGAGAUCCCGAUGGAGAAGAUCCCGAUGGAGGAGCAGAACUUCAUCCCCAGCGCUCCUCAGCACUUCCAGCCGGCCUGGAUCCAGCGGAUCGACAAACCUGAUGACAGCAGUUGUGUGGAGGUUGUGCGGUUGUGUGUGUGUGUAACGGCUGCCGCGCUCAUGUUCCCGUUACUAACGUGGGCCGGUUACAAGCUCCUCCCCUUCGACGCCCCUGCGCUCGACAGCACCCCCCUCAGGCUGCUCUACACACUGCGCUGUGCGUUCUUCGCCAGCGUGCCCAUCGUGCUGGGUGUGCUGGUCCAGGGCCUGUCCCGGCUGCGGUUCGGGACGCUGAAGCCUCUGUUCGACGGGACGUGGGAGAAUCGCGGGGUCGUCGUUCACGGACUCUUCGUUCGAGACUCGCUCCACCUCUCCCUGCUCUUCUUCCUCCAGCUCGCUGUCAUGGCGACCUACGCCCAACCGGACCUGCUCAAACUGGUGCCGCUGCUCACCAUCGUCUUCGUGUUCGGCAGGCUGAUCUACUGGGUGUGUGUGGCGUUCGGCAGCAGUGUACGAGCUCUCGGACUCGCGCUCUCGUUCCUGCCGCUGCUCCUUCUUCUGGGAGCAAACCUGUAUUUCAUCGGCUCUGUGGGCGGACCGGAGGCGGUGUUUCACGUGGCUCCGCCCCCCACAGCCCCGCCCCCAAGACUACGAUGGUGGGGGUGA